UUCUUAACUUGAAAUAGUGCUUGCUUACGUUCAUUUCAUUAUAGAGUGAAAAACAAAGAGAAACUAGCAAUGGACAUUAGUAAUCUUCAACCAUUUCAACAACAAACAUCCAAUAUGCACAGUAACGAUUUUGAUCUUCAUGAGUUCAUCAACCAUGUGAGUUUCGAAGACUUCAUCGAUCAAGUUAGAGAGGAUUUCAUCGAACCCAUCAUAGAUUACGGGACAAAUUAUUAUCAUGAUCAUGGCAAUUUUCAUCAGCAACAACAAGUUGACAAUGAGCUUAUGUACUUCAAUGAUGGUGCUAGGUGUAAUAACAACCAGCUCUUUCCAACUCCGGGAGACUUGUUCGAAUUGAUCAAUAGUUACUCCGCUGCUGGGAGUACUACUACCACUACCUCUGACCCUGUCUCGGCGAAUCCCAAUGUUGCAGCGCCAUCAUUUAGUUCUAUUGACAUCGACGCAGUACUAGACGAAGAUGAAGAGAAUGAAGGAGACGACUAUUCAUCCGGAACCACAUCUACGCGACCAUCAUCAUCAUCUUCCAAGCGGACUUCAUCUGUUGAUAAUUCGAGAAUUUUAGGCACGGAGCGAAGAAGGAGAGUCCAAAUGAAGCAUAACCUUUACACUUUACGCGCUUUGGUUCCUAACAUCACCAAGAUGGAUAAAGCAUCAAUCAUCGGAGAUGCGGUUUCGUAUGUUCAAGAUUUACAAAAGGAAGCGAAGAGAUUAAAAACUGAAAUAGCAGAACUUGAACCAACGUUGACGAAUCAAAUAGAGAAAUACAAAAACUUAGUUGAGAAUCCGGAAAAGAACCGAACUUCUGAUCAUAACAAGGAGCAUCAAAUUUGCAAGAAAAUAUUGAAGAUGGAUGUAUUUCAAGUAGAAGAAAAUGAGUUUUAUAUAAGAAUAGUUUGCAACAAAGGAGAUGGUGUUGCGGUAUGUCUAUACAAAGCUCUUGAAUCAUUAACUUCCUUCGAUGUUCUAAGUUCGAAAUUUGCAACAUUUCCUGAUAAAUUGGAUUUUACCUUCACACUUAAUGUUAAAGAAUGUGGAGGGAAAAUGAUGAACCUAUCAAAUAUGAAGCUAUGGCUGAAUGAAGCUCUUUUGAAUCAGGGAUUUGUGUGAAAAUUAGGCGAGUCCUUUUGUCGCGUUAACAUUGUUAUUUGUUACAAUCGAGUGAACAAUUAACUGUGUAAAAAGUGCAGACCCGUAGAGUAAACCAUUGGGCUGUACGUGGGCAACGCACUUAUGUUUAAAAUCGUGGAUUUAUUCUUCGUUUGUUAUUAUUUUUUAGAAUUAUGGAUUAUUAAUCCGGAAUAAAAACGAUUUAAUUGUUCAC